AUGACCCUCCCCGACACCGCCAACUUCCACGCGAAGUACCGCGCCUUUGACGACUCCGACGUCUCCGAGUACAACCUCGACCAAAUCGUCUACCGCGCGAAGAACGGCGGCUUGCUCGAAGUCGAGCACGACAUGGACGCCUUGCGAAAGUUCGACCCGGCCCAGUGGCGCGAGCUCUUUGACAGGCGAUCCGGUAGAACAGUGUGGCCGUACGGCUCGGGGGUGUGGAGCAAGAAGGAAUGGGUCCUCCCAAACUUGCCGGACGAAGACGUCGUGAGUAUGUUUGAGGGCAACAGCAAUCUCUUCUGGGCGGAGAGGUUUGGCGCCCAGCUGGGCAUGUCCGACUUGUGGGUCAAACAGUGCGGGAACAGCCACACGGGCUCGUUCAAGGAUCUCGGGAUGACGGUGUUGGUGAGCCAGGUGAACAACAUGAUCAAGAACGGCGCCGACAUCAAGGCCGUGGGCUGUGCUAGUACGGGCGACACCAGCGCCGCCUUGGGCGCAUAUUGCGCCGCCGCGGGUAUCCCGAGCAUCGUCUUCCUGCCCGCCGACAAGAUCAGCACCGCGCAGCUCGUCCAGCCCAUCGCCAACGGCAGCCUCGUCCUCAGCCUUGACACCGACUUUGACGGAUGCAUGAAACUCAUCCAAGAGGUUGUGGACGAGUACCCGAUCUACCUUGCAAACUCCAUGAACAGUCUCCGCCUCGAGGGGCAGAAGACCGUCAGCAUCGAGAUUGCACAGCAGUUCGACUGGAACGUGCCUGAUUGGAUUGUCGUCCCGGGCGGCAACUUAGGCAAUGUGUACGCGUUUUACAAGGGAUUUGCCAUGAUGAAGGAGCUUGGUUUGACCGACAAGCUCCCGCGCAUGGCCGUCGCCCAGGCCGAGAAUGCAAACCCGUUGUAUCUCAGUUACCUCAACGACUUCAACGACUUCAACCCGGUCGUCGCCAAGCAGACGUAUGCCUCGGCCAUCCAAAUUGGCGAUCCGGUUUCCAUCCACCGCGCCAUCCGCGCGCUUCGCGCCACCAACGGCGUCGUCGAGCAAGCCAGCGAGGAGGAGAUCAUGGACGUCGCUGCACGCGCCGAUCGCACGGGCAUGUUCAACUGCCCGCAUACGGGCGUCGCGCUGGCGGCCCUGGAAAAGCUGAGACAAAAGAAUGUCAUCAGCGCCGAUGAGCGCGUCGUCGUCGUUUCCACAGCUCAUGGCCUCAAGUUUACAGAUAGCAAGGUCGCGUACCAUGAGAAAAAGCUGGACAAUUGUAGAUCGCAGUAUGCUAACGAUGUUAAGCGCGUCGAGCCGAAGGUAGGGAGCAUCAUCGACUCUAUCCGUGCGCGUAUUGAGAUCUAGAUUCGUGUAAACGUCAUUGACUGCCUGCCUGCUACAUUUUUGGGAAA